AGUCUCUGACGGCAUUUCGUAGCGCGCAAACACUUUCUUCGCGUCGCGCUCCCCAUGACAUAUUUCCAAAUAAAAGGAAAAAGCUGUGAAAGUAAUAGUGGUUAAUUGUUUUUAAGUAAAACGAAUUUCUAUUGUGAUUAAAGCGCUUGGUUCCGUUGCGUACGAUAGUGUUUUUCGUUAAGUGACAAAUAAAAUCGUGCUCUUGUUAAUCUAAAAAUUGUUUAACCUAAAUGCGCAAAGCGAUUAUGAAAUAAGAAAGACAUUUGAAUUUUGUCUUUGUUUUCACAAGGGUUUUUCGAUUCACUCCUUUUCACGCAACUUGUCUGCGAAACCGCCUUAGUAGUUUCGCUUUCCGAAACGCAUUUAGGAUCGGUCUUGGGGUUGUGCGUAAUGUCUGAACCCACCCCAUUUUACUCGGCAAUGCUCCAGCACCGACCAACCCACUUUUACUAGCCACCACAUACAGCAGCAGUGGCAGCAACAACAGCGUCCUUUUAGCCGGCAAAGUCUUGGGAUUCUUUCUUUUUUUUUUUUGCUUUAAACAUUUCUCUUCGAAUGGCGUGAUACUUCAGUCCGUCCACCUAUAGCUUUUGUCUUCAAUCACGCACUAAAUUUAAGCACAAACUGAUGGUAGAAAAAAGUCUAGUGCCAUAACAAACUUGCCUUUCUGUUGCCUACUUUUUUGGGCCAUCGGCUUCAUUUCAUAUUAUUGCAGUUCAUGAGCAAACAUGCUAAUCGUGUUAUCGUAUGACAAUUGGUAAACACAAACACUGAGAGCGCCGAUAUAAUCAAGCAAAGUACACUAAUUAAAUAUAUAAUAAAUCACCAACGGAUCCUGGCAUAGAAUGAGCCAAACUUUUAAAACUUUAAUGCACGGCAACGAAGAAGUCAGAGACGGAGUUCCGUUCUCGGAGCAGCAGCAGUCGUCGGAGGAUGUACCGGACUCCACAGCGACAACAACGGCGACUUCAACAGCCGGCGAGCUUGGUGGCGGCCCAAGGGAUGGCGGCGAGGAUGAUUUCACCGAUGACAACAACUUCGAAUCGAAUUUGCGACGUCGCAAAGGCAAAAUAAUUUCCUGUGCCAAGGAGACCAUCGAGAAUGCUUCCCGCCAACUACGCCGCAAAGUGCCCUACGCAGGUCAUUUGAUGACUCCUCGUCGCCUUUGGCUCAAUAAAAUUCCCACACAAUGUGAUGUGGUUAUUGAAUUUCCUGAGGAUGCACCAGACGAAGCGCUACGCUGGCUCCUAGCCCGUAUCCGCUCGCAGCCGCCGGCUGGUCUGGGUCUAUUGGUCCAGGUCAAGGCGCACGAGAGUACGCGGCGAAACGCGUUCUAUGUCAGUGCUCCUGUUAAUGUACUGUUUAAAGCCGCUGAAGAAGCCCGCCUGCCAAAACGCCUGCGACCGGAUUUGGGCGGUGCUUUGAGGGAGUUCACCACCCGCGAGAGCCAUUGUUUCCAGCAGUUGCGCGGCGAUGUGGGAAGCACGGCACUAUUCACCUCCCAGGAGCGUCAGUGGCUGGUCCUCCAGGUGCUGCAGGGUCUGCGAGCCGGCUGCAGUGACAUCGAGGCCCUGCACGGCCGAGCGGCUGUCGCUGAGGGUCAGAGCAUCGUGGCCACCUGGCAGGAGUCCGGUCUGAUCACACAGGUCUUUCCGCUGCACGAGCCCAGUUCGCUGACGCAGCUCCAGACGCACUGGGUUAAGCAGAUAUUCGCACCGCAACCUCUGGAUGACAUUGCUGCCUAUUUUGGCGUUAAGGUUGCCUUGUACUUUGCCUGGCUAGGUCAUUACACCUGCGCCUUGGGAGUUCCGGCUGUGUUUGGCACAAUUCUCUACUGCAUUCUAUGGGGCAAGGGUCAAACGGCCCAGGACAUGGGCCAUGUGCUCUUCUCCCUGUUUAAUGUUGCCUGGGCUUCACUGUAUCUGGAAGCCUGGAAGCGCUAUUCCGUGGAGUUGGCCUUCAGAUGGGGCACUUUAUCAACGCCGCCAGAGCUUUUGGAACCACCUAGGCCGUUGUAUAAGGGUCCAUUGGAGGAGAACAAUGUGACGGGUCGUUUGGAGCCCAAGGAGGCGCCGGCAUGGCAGCGGCGAGCAUUUCGCUAUCUGGUCAGCUUUCCCAUAAUUGGAUGUUGUCUGUGUGUGGUCUUUGCUGUGAUGUUUCUCAUGUUGCGUUUCCAGGACUGGUGGGACUCCAAGUUGCCGGAGGAAAGUGUAUUAUGCUGCCUGAGUGUUAUACCGAAAGUUUUGCUGGCAGGAGCCAUUACCUUAAUGGACGAGGCCUAUUUUAAGUUGGCCGUUUGGUUGAACGACCGCGAAAACUACCGCCUGCAGUCGAAAUAUGAGAACCACUUGAUAGCUAAAGUGGCUCUUUUCCAGUUUGUCAAUUCCUUCCUAUCGCUUUUUUAUAUAGCUUUCUAUUUGAGGGAUGAGGAGAAACUUAAAGAGCAACUGGCUGGUCUGCUCAUCUCCCGCCAAAUCAUUGGAAAUCUACGAGAGUCUGCGAUUCCCUAUUUUCUUGAACAAUGGAAACUGGCCAAAUUGAGCUUCAAUAUGUGGGGUGCUCUUAGCCCUACCCAAAAUGUGACCCGCAGUCUAGCCGAGGAACUGGCCACUGCAGAAGCGGAACUAAAGGCGGAGUCCACUGGUACGCCCACCAAAUCCCAACAGCCGGAAUCGUCGAGUAAACGGAAUAUUGGACAGGCUGAAAUAGAGAGCUCGUUGUACAAGUAUGAUGGCACUUUUUCGGACCACUUGGAGAUGCUCGUUCAAAUGGGCUAUGUUGUGCUCUUUUCGGCCGCCUUUCCACUGGCUGGAGUUUGUGCUCUGAUCAAUAACCUGAUGGAGAUUCGUUCGGAUGCCUUCAAACUGGCCCAUGUUCAUCAGCGUCCAUUUGGGCAACGUGUGGCCAACAUCGGAACUUGGCAAAAUGCCCUGAGCAUCCUGUCGCUCGCCGCUGUUAUCGUGAAUUGCGCCUUGAUUGGGCUCUCUGGACAGGUGUCGAGGCUAUGGCCAGGUUUGACCACGGCACAGACAAUUAUUCUAAUUGUUACCCUGGAGCACAUAAUGUUGGGACUGCGGCAAGCACUUACCUGGCUUCUGCCGGAGUUGCCAUCGUGGUUGGCAGCGGAAAUCGCACGUGCCGAACAUUGCCGCCGGGAAAUGCAGUGCAAGGGCACCUCGCCGCGACCCACACCGCCCACUCCGCAGUCGACCACGUCGACGCAGCCGGAACAGGAGGGACCCGGCGGAUUGCAAAUGGAGAGCGGAGCGAAUACCACACGAGACCAGUCCAUGGAGAGCCAGGUGGCCGAGGAUAUACUUCUCUACGGACAGGAAUUCGCUGGCUACGGCCAUAACAUCGAGGCGGAUGUCAAUAUUUAUGAGAAUCGUGAUUCAUCACCGGAUUCGCCGCCCUCGCAGACCAGCACCAUACUGAUUAGACCGCUGCAUGAGUCAACGCCACCACAUGGUGGAGCCUCCCUGACCAGUCUGCAUCAGGACGGUAAUGGCGGAGCUUGUCAGAGUUGGGUUAAAAAAUCGCAAAUGUUUAUACCGGAAAUUCCACCAUACCUGGGCUAUUCAGUGCGAAAUUUAACAACUUUUGCUGGUAACAGUCGAAAAAUGCAACAACAUCAGAAGCUGCAGAGCGGAGCUUCCGCCAGCACGCUAGCGCUGAACUCGGCGGCAUAUGCAGCUCGCAUGCAAUCUAUGCAUAUUCAAGAAAUACCGCCAUUCCGAAAGAAAUCAACCGAUUCAGCCGAUCAUACAGGCAGCAGCGCCAGUAGCAGCCCCCAGCGAACCACAAUGCGGCAACUAUCGGCGCAGCGGGAGCCGCAGCAGCAGACGAUCCCUGAGAUACCACCGUACAAGACGCGCAAGAUAUCCGCGGAGAGUGCCAUGCAUCUGAAUAUGAGCGACAAGCUACACAUAAAACUUCAUGCACCAGAAUGGAUGUCACGUUUGAAAGUCAACGACAAUGCUAAUCUGCAUAGAAGCAUAGAUUGUAUUUCAAAGGAACUCGGAAAUAGCGCAGAUACAGCCGACAUUUUGAAGCCAGCUCCAUCAUGGUGCAAUGUGGCCAUGAGAUCGGGUGCACCUGGCAGCAAUUUGGCCACGCCACCAGCUUCACAGCACCAGCAGCAAAUAGUGGCCUCCUCGUCCUCGUCAUCCGGCGGCGGUGGCAGCGUCUUUAGCCCCAGUGGCCCUGGGCCGGCUGGAGCUUCAGGCGUUGGGAUCAGCAAUUCCCAGUCAAGACCUAGUGUCGGCGCAUUAUCAAACUCUUCAUCUGGUUCAUCCCAUAAACAGCAAUUGAAGCAGCAAGCCAAGGAGGAAAAGGAGCGGGCUAAGGAGGAGAAGGAGCGUGCUAAGGAGGAGAAGGAGCGUGUUAAGGAGAAGGAGAAGGAACGACUGAAGGAAAAGGAAAUCGAAAAGGCAAUGGAGAAAGAGAAAGAAAAGGAUGCACAGGGAGCAGCAGCAUCCACAUCAACGGCAGCGACUGAUGACGAGGCUAAGGCUGCCGAACUGGCCGCCAAGAAAUCUCGUCUCAAGCAGAAGCUGGUGAAGAGUGCGAGGUCAGUGGCCAUCUUCUCGCUGAAGCUCAAGGAGCGAAGACAACGCGAGGCGGAGAAGGCAGCCACCAUAGCAGUGGAGCAUGCUAAGGCUCUGGCCAAGUUGCCCAUGCCACAGCCAGUGGGCGGCGAGUUGUCUCUUAUACCCAUCGAACAACUAAUACAAAUUGAGGAUAUCAUACCUGCGAUGAAAGCUGCAAGCACUUCGGGUGCAACCACAUCGUCCAGUCAAGCCGGCCCAUCGACGUAUCAUCAACAGCAGCAUCAACAACAGCACUACCACCCACCUUCAAAUCCACAUCCGCACACGGAUAAUUAAGCUAAUAAAUAUCAAGAUUGAUGGCCACCCUUUCGCACACUUUGUAAAUAGUUUUCUAUGCACCCGCCCCCAUUAAGUCGAGAUUUUAUCAAAGUUACUGAUGAUAUAUGAGCAAAUUUGCUGAAUGUGUGUCUUGUCCAGAGUUGGAAGAAACUAAUUAACUAUAUAUAGUGGUUACCAUAUAGAAAAUUAAGUUACUCAAACAAUAGGUCGACAAGAUUCGAACUUUAUUUGGUCCAAAGCUAAACAAUACAGAAUUUGAAUGAAAUUUGCCUGUAGGUUAAUAAUAUUAAGUUACCGGCAAAUUUCAUUUAGAUUUUCUAACGUUUAGUCUUGGUCUGUUUUUUUUUUUGGUUUCGUUUUCCAGUGAAAACCGAGCAAUUUUUCCAAAACCAUUUCAUAUACAAAUUUAUCAAAGUUUUGUAUGAAUGGAGUUCAUUUGAAUACAAAACUAAAUAAUGUUUAUGGCAACUUAGACUUUCGGGUACAGUGCAAUAGAAGUGCAUACAUAGAAAUUGUAGUAUGCAAAGAAAACAAUACUUUUUAAGAGUUGUGAAACGAAUUUUGUGUUAGCGUUUUAGCUGUUAAUUCGUUUUCGUAGUCAUUGUUGCUUAGCGUUUAGUCGUAUAAAUCACUUUGUUACACACAAAAUGUUGAAAAUGUUAAAUUUGCAUUUAUGUUGCCAGUGAGCGGAUACUUAAUAAUUACGCAAUCGCUAACACUCUCACACGAUAAUCGAAAUCAGACAAAACAACGACACGCAUAACUGUGAGAUAAUAUCGUCCAUUGUUCCUUCCAUAUAAAGGAUAACGCCUUCGCACUCGCUUUUAGCUAUGGUACAACAGAUCAGAUGGAAACUAUUACUAAAUGCAGCUAGCUAUAAACGCUGAAAACUACAUAUUACUUGCUGCAUUGUUUUUUUCUCGUUUUUCUAUGUGUGGUCCUAGCUUGAUCGAAGAGAAAACGAAAAAAAAAAAAUUGCACACUUUAUCAACAGUCUAGUCAAAGGAUCUACACUUUAACAUAGAUGCACCCAAACACAACGGCUAUUUGUAAAUAUAUUGUAGGGACUAAGUGUAAUUUAAAUGAGGUAUACAAAUUAUAUUAAUGUAAUAAUUAAACGUGCUCUUGUGUUGAACAAAAAUUUCAAGUAAAGCCAUUCAAUAAAGAAAUUGUAUUUGACUGG